UUCUUCAUUUAUUCAUUCGAUGUGGCAAAGGAGGAAAUUGGUUACGAACAUGAAAUUAACCAAGCGAUGCUAUAAUUUUGUAAGCAACUAUAGCUAGUUGUAUCAAAUUGUCAGCUGUCAAGGGCGAUUUACGCACAUUCGGCUCCUCAUUAAAUGUAUCCUCACAAGUAAGAGCACCAACAAUAACUUCAUCUGCUGCAAAUUUGCUCAAAUUCUCGAUGGCUUCAUGGAUCUCAUCAUAUAUAGCAUCGAUUUUGGUCCUGUCUCUUCUGCUGGCUUGUUGUUCAGAGCCCGCGGUCUCUUCUUCUGCAGUUGAGUCUCUCCCAGGAUUCCAAGGCCCGCUUCCUUUUGAACUCGAAACCGGCUAUGUGGGAGUGGAUGAAUCAGAGAAUGUGCAGCUAUUCUACUACUUUGUGAAGUCAGAGUCCAACCCACAAGAGGACCCAUUGGUACUUUGGCUAAAUGGAGGCCCUGGCUGCUCUUCCAUUACCGGUUUCAUGUAUGAAAUAGGUCCGCUGAAUUUCAAGGCAAUGCAGAAAUAUGGGAGCUUGCCCGAAUUAGUGUUGAAUCCAAAUUCAUGGUCAAAGGUGGCAAGCAUAAUAUUUUUGGAUUUGCCAGUGGGAGCUGGAUUCUCGUACGCAAGAACCUCACUUGCUACUCACUCGUCAGAUUUACAAGCUUGUGAACACGCCUAUCAAUUUCUGAGUGAGUGGCUGAUGAAUCAUCCGGAAUUCCUCUCAAACCCAUUUUACGUGGGCGGAGAUUCGUACGCGGGCAUUACGGUUCCAGCUAUCGUGCAACUUAUUUCAAAUGGAAAUCAUGUCUGUUGGCAUCCAAUCAGUCAAAGAAAGCUCAAGGAACUUCUUGGCCACACUCCGCCCCAGGUUGUUGCUGGAGCUCUAGCAGGCAUUGUUGUUGCUUUUAUCCUCUAUUGCUUAUAUAUUGCUGUUGCUGGUGCUGUUGGAGAAAGGAAAGAGUCCAAAGGACAAAGGAGUGAUAACAAUGGAAAACGGCUCUCCCAUUCUUGGCUUAACAAUGACGGUGUCCGAGAAGCACUUCAUAUUCGGAAGGGAAGCAUAGGGGAGUGGACAAGAUGCAACCUUGGAUUGCCUUACACUCCUAACAUCGCCGAGAGUUUUGUGUAUCACGUAAAUCUCAGCACUAAAGGUUACAGAUCACUAAUAUACAGCGGUGAUCACGAUUUGAUUGUGCCAUUUUUGGGAACUCAAGCAUGGAUACGAUCCCUGAACUACUCCAUUGUCAACGACUGGCGGUCGUGGGUUGUCGAGGGCCAAGUUGCCGGUUAUACAAGGACUUACGCGAAUCGGAUGACAUUUGCCACGGUGAAGGGAGGAGGGCACACAGCUCCAGAGUAUAAGCCUGUUGAGUGUCGUGUCAUGUUUGAAAGAUGGAUCUCUCGUCAACCUCUAUAACUUGUUUGGCAACCCUUGCUUAUUUGCUUCUUGUGUGCCUGAAUUGAGACUGAAAAUAAGCUAACAAGCAAAAUCUACCAAUAAAGCUACCAAAAUGUAGAAUCACUCUCAAGUCGUAAUUUUUACACUCCCAUUUUUACUCUCA